ACGGUUACAGUGAAGAAAAGAAGUUAUCUCAAAACCAAAAAUGAACUGUGCAAAAAAGCUCAAUAGAACAGCACUUCUCCUGUGCCUAAUAAUAGUUCUGAAUUCUUCUAAAAUAAACAUUCUAGGUGACAAAGGAAAUCAAUGCAAACAUCCUCAAAAUGAUUCGCAAUCAAGUAGCACUAAAAAUUGGACAACUAAUGAGAAAACUGUUCCCCAUGGAAAAACAACAAGAAGUCACAACACCAAAACCCAUAUCCGACGUACUAGAAGAGAUCAAAAAAAUUCUAUUCGAAACAACAACGACUUCAACAAGUGGUACUGAAAAUGCUACCACUGAAGAAGAAGAGGAAAAAUCAACUGAAACUGAAGGUACUACCACUGAAGAAGAAAAAGAAACAACUGAAGCAAAAACAGAGCACCCUGAAUCUAAAGAAACCACGCCCGAAGAACAAGAAAAGACGACUGAAACAGAAGGUACAACAGCUGGAGAAGAGAAAGAACCAACAGAGCAUCCUGAAACUGAAGGUACUACUACUGGAGAGGAGAAAACAAAUGAAACUGAAGGUGCUACCACUGAAGAAGAAAAAGAAAAAACUGAGGCAACAACAGAGCACCCUGAAUCAGAAGGUACCACGCCUGAAGAAAAAGAAGAGACGACUGAAACUGAAGGUACAUCAGCUGGAGAAGAGAAAGAACCAACAGAGCAUCCUGAAACUGAAGGUACUACUACUGGAGAAGAGGAAUCAACUGAAACUGAAGGUGCUACCACUGAAGAAGAAAAAGAAACAACUGAAGCAACAACAGAGCACCCUGAAUCUGAAGGUACCACGCCUGAAGAAAAAGAAGAGACGACUGAAACUGAAGGUACAUCAGCUGGAGAAGAGAAAGAACCAACAGAGCAUCCUGAAACUGAAGGUACUACUACUGGAGAAGAGGAAUCAACUGAAACUGAAGGUGCUACCACUGAAGAAGAAAAAGAAACAACUGAAGCAACAACAGAGCACCCUGAAUCUGAAGGUACCACGCCUGAAGAAAAAGAAGAGACGACUGAAACAGAAGGUACAACAUCUAGAGAAGAGAAAGAACCAACAGAGCAUCCUGAAACUGAAGGUACUACUACUGGAGAAGAGGAAUCAACUGAAACUGAAGGUGCUACCACUGAAGAAGAAAAAGAAACAACUGAAGCAACAACAGAGCACCCUGAAUCUAAAGAAACCACGCCCGAAGAACAAGAAGAGACGACUGAAACAGAAGGUACAACAGCUGGAGAAGAGAAAGAACCAACAGAGCAUCCUGAAACUGAAGGUACUACUACUGGAGAAGAGGAAUCAACUGAAACUGAAGGUGCUACCACUGAAGAAGAAAAAGAAACAACUGAAGCAACAACAGAGCACCCUGAAUCUGAAGGUACCACGCCCGAAGAAAAAGAAGAGACGACUGUAAACUGAAGGUACAACAGCUGGAGAAGAGAAAGAACCAACAGAGCAUCCUGAAACUGAAAGUACUACUACUGGAGAAGAGGAAUCAACUGAAACUGAAGGUGCUACCACUGAAGAAGAAAAAGAAACAACUGAAGCAACAACAGAGCACCCUGAAUCUAAAGGUACCACGCCUGAAGAAAAAGAAGAGACGACUGAAACAGAAGGUACAACAGCUGCAGAAGAGAAAGAACCAACAGAGCAUCCUGAAACUGAAAGGUACUACUACUGGAGAAGAGGAAUCAACUGAAACUGAAGGUGCUACCACUGAAGAAGAAAAAGAAACAACUGAAGCAACAACAGAGCACCCUGAAUCUGAAGGUACCACGCCUGAAGAAAAAGAAGAGACGACUGAAACAGAAGGUACAACAGCUGGAGAAGAGAAAGAACCAACAGAGCAUCCUGAAACUGAAGGUACUACUACUGGAGAAGAGGAAUCAACUGAAACUGAAGGUGCUACCACUGAAGAAGAAAAAGAAACAACUGAAGCAACAACAGAGCACCCUGAAUCUGAAGGUACCACGCCUGAAGAAAAAGAAGAGACGACUGAAACUGAAGGUACAUCAGCUGGAGAAGAGAAAGAACCAACAGAGCAUCCUGAAACUGAAGGUACUACUACUGGAGAAGAGGAAUCAACUGAAACUGAAGGUGCUACCACUGAAGAAGAAAAAGAAACAACUGAAGCAACAACAGAGCACCCUGAAUCUGAAGGUACCACGCCUGAA